ACAGUGUUUUGUCCAAAUCAUGUGGAUCUUUGUAGUGACUUUGUUGAUGGCAACUGAAACGGUUGCAAAUAAUGUGACAUUUGAGAGUCUGACAAGUAUUGCAAAUGAAAUCACCCAGUUGCCAGCCAUUUAUCGCUGUAAGAAUGAUACAGAAAUUGCAUAUGGCCACCAUGGAGAGUGCCUCCUCCAAACCCAACUGAGAAUCAUCUUCAGGAUGGGAAUGGUUACAAUUGUGCACUUUUAAUCACGGAUGGAAAAUACCCUGCUCUAUCGUUUGGGUACAACACGGAAUAUGGUUCCAUAAUCUAUUGCUCAAGCUAUGGCGAGAGAACAGGGAAUCAGAUGUAGCACAAACGACACAAAAACGAUUCACAAUCUAACGCAAGUGCAAGUGGAGGAAUCUG